AUGCGUAUCUUUUCCGCUCCCAAGCCUCAAGAAAGGCUGUCACUCGUCACGAGUAUUCAAUUCGUCGUCGAACUCGAGUUUCUCACCCCACCGGUCUCUGACGAGCAGACUGUGCCUGAUCGCGACCGCAGCUUCCACUACUUUGCCUCUGCGCUCCAAGAUGCCGGCCUCCAAGCUGCGUUUCUCCUAGAGGAGAAGAACAAAAAGGAAGAGAAUUAUCCAGAAGUCAAUGACCAAGUCAAUGACAAUGACCGAGACACAGACGGCCAAAUGACUGAAAGUCAACUCCUCGCCCAGGCACCCAGGGGAAGUAUCAUCAAGACCAAGCACAACGGCAACAUGUUCAUCAUGAGCCCCCAAUCGUCCAUCCCCUGGAUCAAAGCUGGUGCCAAAGACAACCCUCUCCUGAGAUACUGGCUGAUCAAUCCCGAUAGCAACAUCAGUGGUCACGGUCAACACGAGACCUGGCAUCCAACGGCGCUCACCAGCCCGAUCCUGCGAGAAUCAGAGGCCAACAAUCUGUUUCCGGGACUCAACACGGCCAUUUACACCAUCUGGACAGCGCAUUCAGCAAGAGUGCACAUCAAUGAUGCCUGCGGUUUGCACGUCCACGUCAGCCCGGCUGUUAGACAAGAUCUGACAACUCUCCAGGUUCAACGCGUCGCCACGCUCGUCGUCGUUCUCGAAAACAGUCUGCUCUUCCACCUGUGCUCGCCUCACCGCCGUCAAAUCCAUACCCAACUCAUCGCCGCUUCAGGCCUUGCCUAUGCGACAAACUCUCCAACUUGCCCCCUCGCAGAAGCAAAUCUUCCCCCAAACAUCCUCAAGGGCACAGGAGCCGUCGAAAAGGCCAUCAAGUUUCUCUGGACAGCUUCCGACCUCGAUCAAAUCAGCCAGAUGCUCUCACGUCAUCCCAAGACUCGUGACACUCGUCCCACGGCCUUGAGAAUCAACACUCACAAGCACGAAGACGACACCGUCUCGCACAUGCUUGAAUUCCGUCAUGCGCAGGCUGCUUUCAACCAGGGCUUCGUAGAUAACUGGGUUCGCCUUGUGCUGACGGUGUGCAAGGUGGCCUUCCUACCCACCGAGAGGUUCAAGCUCGUCGUUGCCAUGCUUUAG